AUGUCGACUCCUGGUGGCUGUUUCUCUUGGUUUUCAUGGAGCAAAUCACGCAACCCGAAGCCAUCUCCCACUCUUCAGCAACCAAGCCUUCCCUCUGUGGAACACAAGGGGCCCGAACGACGACAAUACAUAACGGCAUGCGACCAUUCUCUCAGCGACCCAACGACUUGGUGGCUCAGCACUGAUAUCUCUCCUCCUGCAUAUAACUCGUCCGAGUCUUUUGACGCUCAAGUCAUUGACCUUAAAGUGGAUGAAAUCGAUUCUCAGCUCCGCAGUCUUAGUAUGAGAAUCCAUGCGCAUCCGGAACUUGGCUUCGCUGAAGUUUUUGCACACGAGAUUCUGACCGAGUUCAUGACCGCACACGGCUUCACAGUGACGAAAAGCUAUCUAGGUAUUGCGACAGCCUUUCGAGCAGAGUACACCCAUGGAAAGGGCGGUCGCGUCGUGGGCGUAAAUUCGGAAUACGACGCCCUCAAAGGCAUCGGUCAUGCUUGCGGGCAUAACCUCAUAGCCGUCAGCGGUUGCGGAGUUGCUAUCGCGAUCAAGGCGGCCCUAGAAGCACACAAUGUCGCUGGUACAGUUGUACUGCUCGGAACACCUGCGGAAGAGGGAGGCGGCGGGAAAGUCAUCCUACUCGAAAAAGGUGGUUACGCCGACAUGGAUCUUUGUUUAAUGUGUCAUCCGAAUCCUGGUCCCAUAAACUCAGUGGGUGUUGCUACAUCCACGGCGUUGCAGCAACUCGAUGUGGAGUACUUUGGGCAAAAUGCCCACGCUGCUGCCGCCCCAUGGGAAGGCAGAAAUGCACUAGAUGCAGCUUUCCUUGCUUAUGGAUCGAUAUCGGUCUUGCGACAACAAAUGAGACCAGAUCAUCGCGUCCAUGGAAUAAUCACAUCCAACGAAGAAUGGCUGCCAAAUGUUAUUCCUGACCACGCUAAGAUGCAGUGGGUUGCUCGAGCUCCCAAUGCGUCAGAUCUCGCCUUGUUCGUGGAGCGUGUAAAGAACUGUCUGCAAGCAGCUGCAUUGGCGACGUCUUGUGAGAUGAAGUUGACACUGGGACAAGCUUAUCUAGAUUUACGCCAAAAUUCUGUGCUUGGGGGGUACAUUCCUUGUCUGUCCCGGCUGCUCCUAACGUGCUUCUCAAUAGGCGCCGAAUUUGCCGACGUUAUGAAGCGCUACAAGGUUUCCGCUGUGGCUGAGACAAGUAUUUCUGCCUCGACCGAUUUUGUACGCAGUCUCGAACCUCACCACCACCACUACAAUGUAUUGACUUCUGUUUUCCCCAAGGGUAAUGUGACCUAUGUGCUUCCUGCUCUCCACCCCGGUUUCGCCAUCCCAACGGAACCUGGUCAAGGCAAUCAUACUGCUGGUUUUGCGAAAGCAGCGGCUUCACAGAAAGCUCAUAAUGCGACAAUGCUCGUCACCAAAGGUCUAGCGCACACUGGUUUUCGUGCAUUACGGGACGAGGCAUUCUUCAAGCAGGUCAAGGCAGCCUUCCCAUCAUAA